UUUUAAAACUGUUUUUAUAGUUUUCUGUUCUUAAAUUCCAAGUUCUUAGGGAUAACAUCUGCACACACAAAUCUUAUGGUUUUUCUCCCCUUGGUUUAAUUUCUUCCUGGAGCUUUUAAUUUUUCAUCUCCAGUCUGGACUGUUUGCUCCUUAGGCCUCCUGCACAACUGGCAUUCAGCAGCCUCAUUUUGCUAUAUUCAUGAAACAAGUUCAUUACUUCCCGAAUCCUAUGGCAUCUAUGCUGAAUCUGUGCUGAAGCAUAUCUCAAAGGAACUUUCUAAGGAAGUCUCGAUGCAGCAGUAAUGAGUUUCUGGAUGAGGAAGCCACAGGACAGAGGGCAGCAGAACCCCUGAAUCACCUUGCAUGGCAGGGCUGCUCACAGACCAGGAAUAUCUGCUUUGGAUGGUUACACGAACCUCGUAUUCAUUUGCCUCCCCAGUUCUACCCCACCCAGGAAAGAAUGACUAAGGGCAAAAGAAUACUGUGGGAGAAAACAGAGCAGCAGCAGUAUUACGUUUAUGUUAUUUCAUGUCUGCAAGUUAGGAGCAAUGUCAACUUUGUAGUGUGCCAAGUCUUUGCCUUGCUAGCAGCCAUUUGGUUUCGAACUUACCUACGUUCAAGCAAAACUAGCUCUUUUAUAAGACAUGUAGUUGCUACCCUUUUGGGCCUUUAUCUUGCACUUUUUUGCUUUGGAUGGUAUGCCUUACAUUUUCUUGUACAAAGUGGAAUUUCCUAUUGUAUUAUGAUCAUAAUAGGAGUAGAAAACAUGCACAAAUAUUGUUUUGUGUUUGCUUUGGGAUACCUCACAGUGUGCCAAAUUACUAGAGUCUAUAUCUUUGAUUAUGGACAAUACUCUGCUGAUUUUUCAGGCCCAAUGAUGAUAAUUACCCAGAAGAUCACUAGCUUGGCAUAUGAAAUUCAUGAUGGGAUGUUUCGAAAGGAUGAAGAACUAACUCCAUCACAGAGAGGUUUAGCUGUAAGGCGCAUGCCAAGCCUCCUGGAGUAUUUAAGUUACAACUGUAACUUCAUGGGCAUCCUGGCAGGCCCCCUCUGCUCUUACAAAGACUACAUCACUUUCAUUGAAGGCAGAUCAGACCAUAUGACCCAGUCAGGUGAAAAUGGAAAAGAAGAAAUGCUGUACAGAAGAACAGAGCCAUCUCCAAAUGUGGCAGUUAUUCAGAAGCUCUUAGUCUGUGGACUUUCCUUAUUAUUUCACUUGACCAUCUCUAAAACGUUACCUGUAGAGUAUAACAUUGAUGAGCAUUUUCAAGCUACAGCUUCGUGGCCAACAAAGGUUAUCUAUCUGUAUGUCUCUCUCUUGGCUGCCAGACCCAAAUAUUAUUUUGCAUGGACGUUAGCUGAUGCUAUUAAUAAUGCAGCAGGCUUUGGUUUCAGAGGAUAUGACCAAAAUGGAGCAGCUCGUUGGGAUUUAAUUUCUAAUUUAAGAAUCCAGCAAAUAGAGAUGUCAACAAGUUUCAAGAUGUUUGUUGAUAAUUGGAAUAUUCAGACAGCUCUUUGGCUCAAAAGGGUGUGCUACGAACGAGCGUCCCUCAGUCCAACCAUCCAGACGUUCAUACUCUCUGCCAUUUGGCAUGGGGUGUACCCGGGAUAUUACCUCACAUUUCUAACAGGUGUGGUAAUAACAUUAGCAGCACGAGCUAUAAGAAAAAACAUUAGACGUUAUUUCAUCGAACCUCCCCAACUUAAAUUAUUUUAUGACAUUAUAACAUGGAUAGUAACUCAAAUAGCAGUAAGUUACACAGUUGUGCCAUUUGUCCUUCUUUCUGUAAAACCAUCAUUCAAGUUUUAUAGCUCCUGGUAUUACUGCCUUCACAUUGCUGGUGUCUUAGUGUUGUUAUUGUUGCCAGUGAAAAGAACUGAAAGAGGAAAGAAUGCAACUGAAAAUGUUCAGCUCUCACAUUCCAAAAAAUGUGAUGAUACAGAAAACUCCUUGGGACAGAAUAGUUUUUCCACAACAAACAGUGUUUGCAAUCAGAAUCAAGAAGUAACCUCUAGACAUUCAUCACUAAAGCAAUGAUGGGGAAAAUGCUCUGAUGGCUAUUUUUAGUACGUUAACAGAAACCAAUCUUCGCACCUUUUCAAGGGGUCUGUGUUUGUUUGAAAAGAGAUUAAGUGGGGGGAAAUUGAACAGUAAUAUAUUUAGGGAAUUUCCUGUAUACCAGAUUGGAAAUGGAGUGAAAUACGCCCUCCCAUGCCAUGUCCCCGUGGGCCACGCCUUAUACACAAAUAUUUCCAUUAUUCUAAUGGGCACUCAGGACUUCAGCAUAUGUCCAUUGGGUCAUAUGUGUGCCCUGUUGCUGAAUGUAAGUUGCGUACCCCAAGGCACUGAAGAGGUGGAAAAAUAAUUGUGUCAAUCUGGAUAAAUGAGAGAAAUUAACUUUUCCAAAUGAAUGUUUUGCCUUAAACCCUCUAUUUCCUAAAAUAUUGUUCCUAAAUGGUAUUUUCAUUUGUAAUAUUGUGAGAACACGUAUUUCAAAUGUUUGAUAUUGUAUGUUGUAAAGGAAUUUAGGAGGAACUUAAAACAGGAUAUUUGAGACUGUGGAUACUUCAAAAAUGCAAUAAACAUCUCAGUAUUUGAAGGGUUUUCUUAAAGUAUCUCAAAUGACUGCAGUGUGUAGUAAAACUGUAAACAUUGACGGAUGCCAAAUUUUAGGUAGCUUAUUUUGAUGGAGCAUUUAGUUACCUUGUGUCAGUCAGAAAGCCCUUAAAGGAGGAAUUUCUUAAACAUAAAGGUUGGUAUUGUGGUAUUCUAAGCCUAUUUUCUUAAAAAAAAGAGAGAGAGAAGAUGACGAAGGAAAAAGGAAGGCGUGGAUGAAGACAGCACUAAAUGGACGGUGGAGCUGGCAGCGAGCAGGCAGCUGUGACGGGGCACAGAGAAGGACGCUGCCAGUCCCAGGAGCUCAGCAGAAGGGCUUCUUACCCGUAUUUAUCUGAGUUCUUUGUGAUUAUGUAAGACUGAAAAGUUUAAUAACGUUUUAAUACCUUAAGAUUUUAAGUGAGAUUUAUCAAGCAUAAAUUAUGUAGAAUUAGAAAGAGAUUAUGAAAAUAAUAGCACUAGAUUGCUUGAUGUUUUGAUCGAGAAAUCUCUGAGUAAGGUUACUAUCUGGCUAAUCACCUUCUUAUCCUUGAUUGUUUAAUUCGUAUUUGGUAAAGGUUUAGGGAAAUAAAAAAUUAAGGUCAUGGGCUCAGAACCACAUAAAUUAGUUUCCAACUAUUAAUCUCUCACAGUAAAAUGUUGCUGUUAACUCAUGUUAAAAUGAGUUUAGGUUCUAUAAGUAGAAAAAAAUGUGCUUUUAUCUUAUGGGCUAUUUUGACCAUAAUUAAUCUUGCUUUGAGUUGCUAAAGCAACUCUGUCAAUCCCACAGAUUACUGUGAGGCUGCAGAGGCUGAAGGCAGAGGAGGAUAUGGGGCUGCAGCCUGGCCUCGGCCAUGGGUUGUGAAUCACGCACCCCUUGAGAACAGGGUAGGCAGGGCCUCUUCACUUCACCUUUAUUUGACCAAUCUUUUGUAGAAUUUACUUUCUUUUUGCCUUAAUUUUUUUUAAUGAAGUACAAUUGUCCAUUUGUGGUGAUUGGUAUUUUUGUUCUGUUUGUUUGGAUUUUUGUCAUUAAUAAAUUUUUAAAUGAAAGUAAGGGCAGAACAACAAUUUGGCCCAAACUAUGUGGAAUUUCAUUUAAAGAAGAAAGGAAAAGCAAAUGCACUUGGAACUUUUGAGGUCUUUAUCAGCAAAAUGUCAAUUUAUAUUUUUAGAACUUUAGAAAUAUCCCAGUCAUUGUUUAUAUGAAAUGUUUUAUUUUUCUAAAGGUAAAAUUUUUCCAUCCAAGGUUAGCCUUGCUGUCUUAUCUCCCAGGAAAGGAUAGAUAGCUGAAUAAAUUUUCUCUGUUUCCCCAUGCAGUGAAAUUACGCUGGCUGUGUAAUGUGAAAGGAGAGAGAAGAAUAGUCAUGGAAAGCAUCUGCUCCCACCCCUGCCAACAGUGUUUAAUGAAUGCUGCAGAGCUCUGAUCACUAUUAGGAGAAAGUAAACAGAUUUAGUGUUUAAAGCACAGGCCUGGGCAUGUCAUAAAUGAAAACAAGAGUUUAAUUAAAACUUUUGCUUUACUUGUUCAGCCUGUCUAGCCACUUAUUAAAAAUCACCUUUUAUUUCUACUACCUGAAUAUAUUUCAUUUCUCAACUAAUUUGCUCUUACCUAAUUUUUGUCAUUAUUUACCACUACCAUCCCAAAUAUGUUUGAUCAAUUUUCCAGUUACUUUGAAGAUAAUACAUUACAUAUCUAAUCUAACUGAUUUUUACCGCCAUGAAUCAACUAGUUAUUUUUAUGAAAUGCUUUGUGGAUAGCUUUCUUCAAUUUUGGAGAACUUAGCAAUCACAGUGUACAGUCUAGAAGAAAAAAUAAAGAAAUCAUUCUAAUUCUCAAUUUAAUUUUUCUCCCGAAGAAGAAAUUUUUUAUGCUCUGUAAAAUGAAUAUAUAUCUACUUAGAGUGUUAUAAGGCUCAAUUUUUGCUUCUACUUACAGCAGAAGAAUUUUGAAGUGGUAUGUCUCUACUAUUACUACUGAGAUGAAGGGAUUCAUUGUAAUAGUGCUUGCUUUUUUUUUUUUUU